AUGGUGAUUCUCAGAAAAGGUGAUCACAUAUGGCUGGAAUCCCCUUCAAGCAGUGAAUACAAUGUCCCCAUUGGGGCAGUUGUGAAGAUUUCUGAAUCAGGACAGUUUUUACUAGAGGAUGAUGAAGGCAAGGAACACUGGGUCACGGCUCGGAACAUCAAUGCUGUGCGACCAAUGCAUCCCACCUCUGUCCAAGGAGUUGAAGACAUGAUACGCCUUGGAGACCUCAAUGAAGCUGGCAUGGUGCGCAACCUCCUUUUUCGCUAUAAGGAGCACAAAAUCUAUACCUAUACAGGCUGUAUCUUAGUAGCAGUGAAUCCGUACCAAGAGUUGCCGUUGUAUACCAUGGAACAAAUCAGACUCUACUGUAACAAAAGGAUUGGGGAAUUGCCUCCUCAUGUCUUUGCCAUCGCUGACAACUGUUAUUUCAAUAUGAAGAGAAAUAAGAGGGAUCAGUGCUGUGUUAUCAGUGGAGAAUCUGGAGCUGGGAAGACUGAAAGCACAAAGCUAAUAUUGCAGUUCUUAGCUUCUGUCAGUGGUCAACAUUCUUGGAUUGAGCAGCAGAUUCUAGAGGCCAAUCCCAUUUUAGAAGCUUUUGGAAAUGCCAAGACAAUUAGAAAUGACAAUUCAAGCCGCUUUGGGAAGUAUCUUGAAAUUCACUUCUCUCAAAAUGGGGUGAUUGAAGGAGCCAGGAUAGAACAGUUCCUUCUGGAGAAGUCCCGCGUUUGUCGCCAGGCUCCAGAGGAAAGGAACUAUCACAUCUUUUAUUGCAUGUUAAUGGGGAUGAAUCUGGAACAGAAAAAGAGGCUAAAUCUGGGCACUGCUUCUGAGUACACCUACCUCACUAUGGGUGACUGUACUUCCUGUGAAGGCCGUAAUGAUGCCAAGGAGUAUGCUCACAUCUGCUCUGCUAUGAAGAUCCUCAUGUUCUCUGGUUCUGAGCAUUGGGAGAUAAGCAAACUGCUGGCAGCUAUUCUGCAUCUGGGGAAUAUAGAGUUUGAAGCUGCAGUGUAUGAUAAUUUAGACUGUUCUGCUGUGAUAGAUUCUGCACAUUUUUCCAUUGCAACCAAACUGCUUGAGGUAAAUUCUGGGGAACUCCACAAUAGUUUUACAAACCAUUCCAUCCUUAUCCGAGGGGAAAGUGUCUCCAUGCCCUUAAGCGUUGCCCAGGCUGCUGAUGUGAGAGAUGCCUUUGUGAAGGGGAUCUAUGGGUACCUCUUCUUGUGGAUAGUGAAUAAGAUCAAUGCCGCAAUCUACAAGCCACCCUCACAAGAUAAUAAGAACAUAUGCAGGUCUAUUGGACUACUGGACAUCUUUGGCUUUGAAAAUUUUAAUACCAACAGUUUUGAACAGCUGUGUAUCAACUUUGCGAAUGAGCAUCUCCAGCAGUUCUUUGUGCAACAUGUCUUCAAGUUGGAGCAGGAGGAAUACCUGGCUGAGCACAUCUCCUGGAACCACAUUGACUUCACUGAUAACUAUACAGCCUUAGAAGUGAUUGCACUCAAGCCCAUGAAUAUUGUGUCACUCAUUGAUGAGGAAAGCAGGUUCCCUAAGGGCACCGACACUACCAUGUUAAACAAAAUUAACUCUCAUCAUGGCAGAAGCAAAAUUUAUAUUGCACCAAAAAAUGUCCAUGAUACAGUCUUUGGAAUCAAUCACUUUGCUGGUGUUGUUUAUUAUCAGUCUAAAGGCUUUCUUGAGAAAAACCGUGACACGCUUAGUUCUGAUGUAAUGCAGUUGGUUCAUUCAUCCAAAAACAAAUUCCUCAGGCAAAUCUUCCAGGUGGAUGCAGCAGUGAAUGUUGCUUCUUUGGGGCGUGGGAACAUCAGGCAUCUUGGAGCUGAUCCCACCUUCAAGGGGUCCGAUACUAUCAAACGCUUGUCUACAUUAGGAGGUCAGUUCAAACAGUCCCUGGAGCAGCUGAUGAAAAUCCUGAGCACCUGCCAGCCAUAUUUUAUCCGCUGUCUCAAACCCAACGACCACAAGAAGCCAAUGUUGUUUGAUCGAGAACUCUGCAUUCGACAGUUGCGCUAUUCUGGGAUGAUGGAAACCAUUCGCAUUAGGAAGGCUGGCUAUCCAAUUCGCUACACUUUUGCAGAGUUCUUUGAGAGAUACCGAGUCUUGCAGCCAGUAUCAGCUCGAGAAAAGGUGAAGAACGAUGCUUGCCAAUGCUGCAUUUACAUAUGUGAGACUGUGAUAGGAAGAGCUGAUGAAUGGAAAAUCGGAAAGACCAAAGUUUUCCUGAAAGACUAUCAUGACGCAGUACUGGAGGUGCAACGAGACAAAGCGCUCGCAGAGAAAGCGAUUCUUAUCCAGAAAGUGCUAAGGGGAUUCAAAGACAGGAAACAGUUUCUGAAGCAGAGGCACUGUGCUGUGGUUAUUCAGACAGCCUGGAGGGGCUAUUACUGUCGGAAGAACUUCAAGAUGAUCAUGCUGGGGUUCGAGCGCCUGCAAGCCGUUUUCCGGGGCAGACAGCUUGCGAAACAGUACGAGACAGCCCGGGCAAGUGUAAUUAAGUUCCAAGCCUUGUGUCGAGGAUACCUGAUGCGCCAGAAAAAAGCUGAACAGCUGAAAGCUGUGUGUAUCAUUCAGGCUUACGCCAGGGGGAUGUUUGCACGCAGGAGUUUCCAAAGAAUGAAGACAGAGGAGCCAGAAAAAGGUGCUGACAAGACAAAAGAACAGGACGCUCAUGACAGUAAACACAAUGAACUUUAUGACAUCAUCAGCGACCAGGAAAUGGUGGACAGAGUGUUUGGUUUCUUACCUUCAUUCAUUGGAGGCCAAGAAGGACAAGCUCCCUUGGGCUUUGAGGACCUGGAGACAAAAAUACCGGAACUGAGUGAGGUAGACCUGGAUAUGAUCCCAAUGACUAUGGAGCUGGUGGAAGAGGAGACUGAUGACCUAGCACAAUACACAUUCCCCAAAUUUGCAGCCACUUACUUCCAGAGAUCCUCUACACACACACACAUUCGGCGGACAUUACGCCAUCCGCUGCUCUACCAUGAUGAGAAGGAUGAUGUUCGGGCAUCUCUAAAUGUUUGGACUGUCAUCUUGCGAUUCAUGGGUGAUAUACCAGAACCAACAAAGAACAUCAGCAGUAAGAACAUCUCUGAGGUGACUCAGAUUUAUGGUAACCAUAGCAACAGAAGCCAAUUUCCACCCACAACCAACACCAGUCCUGAACUGAGAGACAACAGGAAGGAUAGCAAGCUUUCCAAGAUAGCUUCCUCUGUGAAGCUAAAACUUAGCUCCAAGGUAACUGGAAAGGUGGCAAACCAGCUGGCCAGUGGGGAAGAAAUGCUUCGGGAAGAAAGCGAUGUGACUGAGAGAGCUAUGUCUAACCUCGAGAAGGUGCACUUCAUUAUCGGCAAUGCUAUCCUGCGUCCUGCCAUCAGGGAUGAGAUUUACUGCCAGAUCUGCAAGCAGCUUACUGAAAACAACAAUAGGACUAGUUAUCUAAGAGGCUGGAUACUGUUGUCUCUCUGUCUUGGUUCUUUCCCUCCUUCAGAAAAGUUUGUGAAGUAUCUGUUGAAUUUCAUCCGAAGCGGACCAACAUUGUAUGCACCAUACUGCGCUGAAAGGUUGAGGCGUACUUAUGCCAACGGAGCACGGUCUGAGCCACCUAGUUGGCUGGAGCUUCAGGCAACAAAGAGUAAGAUGCCCACCAUGCUCAGUGUGACCCUGAUGAAUGGAAACAGCAUCACAGUCCCUGCAGAUUCAGCCUCCACUGCAAAGGAGAUCUGCCACAUGAUAGCUGAUAAAAUGAAGCUGCAGGACACCUUUGGGUUCUCCCUCUACAUUGCUUUGUAUGACAAGGUUUUGUCACUAGGUAGUGGACGGGAUCAUGUCAUGGAUGCCAUUUCCCAGUGUGAACAGCAGGAAAGGGAGAAGGGCGGCCAUGAGCGCCACACUCCCUGGCGUCUCUACUUUAGGAAAGAGAUCUUCUCUCCUUGGCAUGACUCCAAAGAAGAUCCUGUCAGCACUGAUCUCAUCUAUCAUCAAAUCAUACGUGGGAUUCGGUUUGGAGAAUACUGUUGUGAGAAGGAGGAAGACUUGGUGGAGAUAGGAGCCAAAUAUUGCUAUGUCCAGUUUGGAGAGUCCAUCCAGAAUGACUUGGUUCGGAACAUACUCCAGGAGUGUAUCCCAGCAAAGCUACUAAGGUCCAAACCCCAGGAGAAGUGGGUGAGCCUCAUUACAUAUGCUCAUGCCAAGGCUCUGUACACCCAAGACAGGCAUUCAGCUCAGAGCGUGAAGGAACAGUUGGUGGAUUUUGCCCGCUUUCAGUGGCCCCUGCUCUUUUCUAGGUUCUUUGAAGUUACCAAAUUUUCAGGGCCCAGCCUGCCAAAGAACCAUUUCAUAGUGGCAAUUAACUGGAAAGGUAUUUACUUUCUAGAUGAUUCAGAAAAGAGGCUACUAGACCUUUCCUUUCCAGAAAUUACUGGCGUUCAUACCAUCAGGGCAGUCAAGACAUUUGGGCAAAGUUGCACCCUUACCACAUUGCGUUCUGAAGAAUUUGUCUUGACAUCAGUCAACAGUGUUGCCAUCGCAGAACUAGUGGUCACGUUUCUGGAAGGACUAAAGAAGAGGUCACAAUAUGCUAUAGCAAUGCAAGAGAGCAGGCAGCAAGAGGAUUUAACAAUCCUGGCUUUUAAGAAGGGGGAUUUGCUUAUUCUAAACCGUGAGAGAGGACCAGAAGAAAGUCAAGGCUGGGUCCAUGCUCAUAAUGAGCGAACCAACAAAUCUGGGCUUGUCUCAGAAGAGGCUAUCUACAUCAUCCCUUCUGUUACAAAACCUUCGAGUCAAAUAAUGAGUUUACUGAUGAUGUCACCUGAACAACGGCGGUUGGCAUCAUUGAACUCUCGCACAGAGGAGCCUGAGGAAGAGGAAUUGAAGGUGAAACCAUAUACUCUUGAAGAAUUCUCCUAUGAGCACUUCAGGGUUCCCGAAAAGGAGUCCAUCAGCAGAGCUGUCUUACACAAGUCCCGUGGGCGGAGUCCCCUGUGGGCUCACUCCCGGGAGCCCCUGAAACAGCCCUUACUGAAGAAGGUGUGCACCAAUCCAGACCUUUGGGACUCUGCUUGCCAGACAUUCAUUGCUAUCAUGAAAUACAUGGGAGAUUACCCCUCAAAGCAAGAGAGAUCCCCUGCAGAGCUCACUGACCAGAUAUUUGUAGUGGCUAUUCAGGAGGAAGUUCUGCGUGAUGAGAUCUACUGUCAGAUCAUGAAGCAGCUCACAGAGAACAGCAACAGGUACAGCGUGAACAAGGGCUGGCAAUUACUCUGGCUCUGCACAGGCCUUUUCCCUCCUAGUAAAUCUCUGCUGAAACAUGCUCAGAAGUUCAUGGAGACUCGUAAGAAGGAGGACCUAGCUUUAGAUUGCAGACGUAGAAUCCAGAGGGUGAUGAGGAGUGGUUCUCGGAAGUGGCCCCCUCACAGUGUGGAAGUGGAGGCGAUCCAGAAGAACAUCACAAAGAUCUCCCACCAGGUUUACUUUCCAAAUGAUACAGAGCAGGUAUUUCAAGUAGGGACACACACAAAAGUGCGGACUCUGUGUCAGACCAUUGCCAGCAAGCUGGAACUGAGUUCCUGGGAAGGAUUCAGCCUCUUUGUCAAGAUUGCAGACAAGGUGAUCAGUCAGAAUGAAGCUGAUUAUUUCUUUGACUCCUUGAGGCAAGUGACAGACUGGAUACGGAAGAACAAGCCUGGCAAAGAGGUGGUUCCUGUGACUGUGAAUUAUCAGGUAUAUUUCAUGAGGAAAUUAUGGCUAAAUGUGACUCCUGGGAAGGACUUGAAGGCUGACUGCAUCUUUCAUUACCACCAGGAACUGCCCAAGUAUCUAAGAGGCUAUCACAAGUGCACAAAAGAGGAUGCCAUCCAGCUAGGUGGUUUGAUUUUCAAAGUUCAGUUUAAGAAUUGUCAAACGCAGCAGACAGUAAUCCCCAAAACUUUGAAGGAACUAGUGCCUGAGAACCUGAUCCGAACAACGUCUCCAGAGGAGUGGAGAAGGAACAUUAUUUCUGCCUGCAGUAAACAUGAACAGAAAACUGAGGAAGAGGCCAAGAUUGCCUUCUUGAAGUACAUCUGUCGUUGGCCAACAUUUGGCUCAGCCUUCUUUGAAGUGAAGCAAACCUCAGAGCCAAGUUUUCCAGACAUUGUCCUGAUUGCUAUCAACAAACAAGGAGUAUCUUUAAUAGAUUCAAAAACUAAGGACAUCUUGACAGUUUACCCCUUCAAUAAAAUCUCCAACUGGAGUAGUGGCAGCACAUAUUUCCAUAUGACCAUAGGGAACCUGGUACGAGGCAGUCGACUUCUUUGUGAGACAUCAUUGGGAUACAAAAUGGAUGACUUGUUAACAUCAUAUGUGCACCUGAUAAUGAAUGCUGUAAACAAACAGAAAAAGCAGAGUGUUCCUGCCUGAGAAUGACAAUGACAACAGUCCCUCUUUCACAACUUUGCCAAAUUACCAGUCAUAGCGUAGAAG